CUCCUGCUACGACUCCAGUACCUACUCAAAGACGGGCCCCAAUAAAGGAACUGAGAAAAUAUGGUGCCACUGAAUUUAUGGGUCUAAAAGGAGUCGAUCCAUCCGCAGCUGAAAAUUGGAUGGAGUCGACUAAGAGAAUUUUACAGCAGUUGGACUGUACCCCCCGGGAGUGUUUAAUCUGUGUUGUAUCGUUGUUACAAGGGGAAGCUUAUUUAUGGUGGGAAUCAGUAGUUCGACAUCUACCAGAGAAUCAGAUAACGUGGGAUUUAUUUCAGAAAGAAUUUCAAAAGAAAUAUAUCGGAGAGAUGUAUAUCGAAGAUAAGAAACAAGAAUUUUUAAUGUUACAACAGGGUGAUAUGUCAGUAAUAGAUUGUGAGAGGGAAUUCUCGAGACUCAGCAGAUAUGCCUCCGAGUUUAUUCCGACAGAAGUUGAUAGUUGCAAAAGAUUUUUACGGGGUUUGCGAGACGAAAUCAAGGUACAGUUAGUAUCUCAUCGGAUCACUGAGUUAGUAGAUCUGAUUGAGAGGGCUAAAAUGGUGGAACAAGUUCUGGGCCUUGAUAAAAAGACUGAAGUUGUUAAACCAACCGGGAAGCGUACAGGAACUACGAGUUCAAACCCUCAGCCGAAAAGACCAAAGGAGUCUCAAGGUGGUUGGAGAUCCAGUUUCAGAUCAGACAGAGGCGGUAGAAGUAGAGGAAGACAGACGACAGUAUCUACUGGCAGUGUGAGAGGUCAUUCUCGAGAAAUAGAAAUUCCAGACUGUCAGCACUGUGGAAAGAAACACAGAGGGGAAUGCUGGAAAUUAACUAGAGGUUGUUUCCGAUGUGGUUCUACAGACCAUUUCAUUAGAGACUGUCCGAAAGCUGAUAGUACUGCACCCGUGACAUCAUAGAGAUCAGUAUCUACUGCUAGAGGCAGAGGGACAGGUAGAGGUAGCUUGGUUUCAAGGGGAGGAGGUAG